AUGGCUUCUGAAUCAUCAGAAACUGACAAACUAAGAGUUUUCUUCCUCCCUCACUUCAUAGCCGGCCACAUGAUCCCCAUGGUGGACGCGGCCAGGCUCUUCGCCCGGCACGGAGGCGUAACCGUCAUCACAACCGCCGCCAACUCGCCAAUCUUCCAAAACUCCAUCGACCACGACGUCAGCUCCGGCCACCAGAUCAGAAUCCACACUCUCCAAUUCCCUUCCUCCGAGGUCGGAGGCGAAAACCUAAACGCCGCCACUUUGGCGGAGACCUCGGCCGCGAUCGCCGCCGCCAUCGAGAAGCUUCAAGAACCAGUCGAGAGGCUUUUCCCGGAGCUCGGGAUUCCGAGGAUAUUCUUCAACGACGGUGGGUACUUUUCCUUCUGCGCGUCCCGGAGCGUCAUUGAGAGGAAACCGGGAUCUGAGGACGACGUCGUUUUGCUGUCUGGAUUGCCGCACAGAAUAGAGCUGCUGAGGUCGCAGGUACCGGAUUGGACGGACCUCGGCUCUUUAUUGGAGGCUUUGGGAGAAUCCGAGGGGAAAACUUACGGUGCGAUCAUGAACAGCUUUGAUGAGCUUGAGCCCGCUUACGCGGCACAUUUUAAGAAAAUCACGACAAUGAAGGCUUGGAGUGUGGGGCCAGUUUCUUUGUGGUUGAACUUGAACACGGAGAAUGAAAAUCUAUGUAACAGGGGUAAAAUUGUUAAUGUAGAUCAAGUACAUGAGAGAGAGAUCUUAAACUGGCUUAACUCCAAAGAACAAAACUCUGUUCUCUACGUUAGUUUAGGAAGUCUAACGAGAUUUUCUUCUGCACAACUUAAGGAAAUCUCUCAUGCACUUGAAAAUUCUGGUCAUCCAUUUAUCUGGGUGGUAAGGAAGAGAGAAAAAGAUGAAUAUAGUGAAAUAUUUCAUGAAGUUUUUGAGCAAAGAAUGAAAGAGAACAAGAGGGGUUUUCUAGUGCGAGAUUGGGCGCCACAGACGCUCAUUUUGGGGCACCCGGCGACCGGAGCGAUGGUGACCCACUGCGGUUGGAACUCGGUAAUGGAAUGCGGUGCGGCCGGGGAGGCUGAUGGUGACUUGGCCUUUGUUUGCGGAGCAAUUCUACAAUGUCAAUAA